UGAAAUCUGACGCCUGGACUGCACACAGUGCGAGCCGUGGGCAUGCCCCUGCACUGCACUGAUUUCCUCUGCAGCUCGGGGAGCCAGAGCCGCGCCGAGGCUCCCGGCGAGGAGCCGAUCCAGCAGGCAGCGAGUGCCACAUCACUGUGCUGCCUGCACUGAGGGCUCCAGCAUGGUCCUGAGGCUCCUGCUCCUCCUCGGCGGGCUGCUUAGGGCCGCCGAGCCAGCGCCCCGCUGUGAAACCGGCCAGGAGACCCUAGGUCAAUGCCAAACUGGACAGAAAGCAAAAUGUGUGGACAUUGCCUUAAGUUCUUGUACUGAUGUUACCUAUACUCAGAUGAUGUAUCCUAAUUUUCUGGAUCAGAAGUCUCGGGAAGUGAUCGAGUACAGCUCUGAGUACAUUCUCAUCAGUGUGCUGCACAACUUGCUCCAGGGGGAAUGUAAUCCCGAUCUGAGGCUCCUGGGCUGCUCAGUGCUGGCCCCACAGUGUGAAAAGGACAAAGUUAGAAAGCCCUGCAGGCACGUCUGUGAAAACCUGAAAAAAAAUUGCCUCCCUGCUUUUGAUGCAAUAGACAUGGCUUGGCCCUACUUCUUAGACUGUGACCGCUUUUUCGCGGGGGAAGAAGAGGGAUGUUUCGACCCACUGGCAAAGCUGCGAGGACAAGUAGAUGUUGAGGAAGAUUUACCUUCGGACUUGCCAGCAACUUUUAUUCAGUUCAAACACCAUUCGUACUCCCAAAUGGUGAGCACACUGAAGAAGACUGCCUCGAAGUGCUCCCAUAUUGCAACAACUUACAGCAUAGGUCGCAGUUUUGAUGGGAAGGAUCUUUUUGUGAUUGAGUUUUCAACCAAGCCUGGACACCAUGAACUGCUCAAGCCAGAAUUUAAGUACAUUGGCAAUAUGCAUGGAAAUGAAGUUGUGGGGAAAGAACUGCUAAUAUACCUUGCACAGUAUCUGUGUUCCGAGUAUCUUCUUGGGAAUCCUCGCAUCCAGACCUUGAUUAAUAACACCAGAAUUCAUCUCCUACCUUCACUCAACCCUGAUGGGUAUGAACUGGCUGCAGAAGAGGGAGCUGGUUACAAUGGAUGGGUCAUUGGACGACAGACAGCUCAGAACCUGGACCUGAACAGAAAUUUCCCCGAUUUGACAUCUGAGGCUUACAGAAGAGCUGGGAUUCCUGGAGCCCGCCUUGACCACAUCCCCAUUCCACAGUCCUACUGGUGGGGUAAGGUGGCCCCUGAGACAAAAGCAGUCAUGAAGUGGUUGAGGUCUAUCCCAUUUGUGCUCUCUGCCAGUCUCCAUGGAGGUGAACUUGUUGUUACCUAUCCUUAUGACUAUUCAAGGCAUCCUAUGGAAGAAAAAAUGUUCUCCCCCACACCUGAUGAGAAGAUGUUUAAAAUGCUGGCUAAAGCCUAUGCAGAUGCACAUCCAGUCAUCUCAGACCGAUCCGAACUUCGCUGUGGUGGAAACUUUGUGAAACGUGGAGGUAUUAUAAAUGGUGCUGAAUGGUACAGCUUUGCCGGAGGUAUGGCAGAUUUUAAUUAUCUUCAUACAAAUUGCUUUGAAGUUACUGUGGAGGUAGGAUGCGAAAAGUUUCCUUUGGAAGAAGAACUGUUUAUAAUCUGGCACGAAAACAGAGAUGCCCUUCUGAAUUACAUGGAAAUGGUUCAUCAGGGGAUAAAAGGAAUUGUGUCUGAUAAGUUUGGCAACCCGAUUAAAAAUGCUCGUAUUUCAGUCAGGGGCAUCCAGCAUGAUGUCACCACAGCUGCUGAUGGAGACUACUGGAGGCUCCUGCCCCCAGGGACCUACAUCGUCAGCGCCCAAGCGGCAGGAUACAGCCGGGUGAUGAAGAGGGUCACCCUUCCUGCCAAGAUGAAACGGGCUGGGCGAGUCGACUUUGUGCUGCGGCCUCUUGAGGCCUGGCCCAACAAGCUUCUCCGCCGCUCGAUGGAAGACGCUUACAACCCGUACGACCCGCUGGAACUUUUUGACCCUCAUGCCCAACACGGGCAGCGUGAGGCUCGAGGUGGGUCGGCGGCGGGCAGGGAGAAGCCCUGGUGGUGGUCUUACUUCAGCUCUCUAGACCUGCACAAACCUCUGUGGCUGCUCAAGCAGCGCUGA